UCUUCUUCUUCUUCAAAGAAGACUUCACUGGGGGGGAAAAAAAGGGUGGUUCUCUUUCUCUCUCUCUCUCUCUCUCCCCUCCCUGUCUGUCUGUCUCUCUUUAGGAUUACGGUGAAGGAGCUCUAAAAUUCAAUGCAUCAAUGUGACGUUACUUUGUACUAAUUUCUGCAUAUUUCCACCGUUUCCCAUCCCACUCUGUUCUUUCACAGAGCCAACCCAACAUUGGAUUAUUUAUGCCCACAGCAACAAAGACUUCCAGAGCUAAGGCCAUAUCGUUUUUGCACUACUGUCUUCCUUUUGAUGUUCUGAUCAUCUCAUAACAUCAUACAACAAAAAGUAAGGCAUGAAGAAGGAAGAGCAGUCGCUGUCACUUUUUGGGAUUAAUCUGUCAGAGAGACCAAGGUGGCAACAGUUCUUCAUCUGCUCUUCUGGGUUUUUCUUUGGUUACCUUGUCAAUGGCGUUUGUGAGGAGUACGUAUACAACAGGCUUCAGUUCAGCUAUGGAUGGUACUUCACAUUUGUGCAAGGGUUUGUGUACCUUUUUCUGCUUUAUCUUCAAGGCUUCACCACCAAGCAAAUGGUGAAUCCAUGGAAGACUUAUGUGAAACUGUCUGCAGUUCUUAUGGGCUCCCAUGGCCUCACAAAAGGGUCCUUGGCUUUUCUCAAUUACCCUGCUCAGCUCAUGUUUAAAUCAACCAAGGUUCUGCCGGUAAUGAUAAUGGGUACCUUCAUCCCGGGUUUGAGAAGGAAAUACCCCCCACGAGAAUACGUUUCCGCGAUCCUCUUAGUUGUGGGUUUGAUCCUCUUCACUUUGGCAGAUGCUCAGACAUCUCCCAACUUCAGUGUGAUCGGUGUGGUCAUGGUCUCUGGUGCCCUGAUCAUGGACUCCUUUCUGGGCAAUCUGCAAGAAGUCAUUUUCACCAUGAAUCCGGAAACCACCCAGACGGAGAUGCUGUUCUGUUCAACUGUGGUCGGGUUACCAUUCUUGGUCCCACCAAUGAUUUUAACAGGGGAACUCUUCAAAGCAUGGACUUCGUGCUCUAAGCACCCGUACGUGUACGCCGUGCUUGUUUUUGAAGCCAUGGCAACAUUCAUUGGUCAAGUCUCUGUCCUCUCGUUAAUUGCCAUAUUCGGGGCUGCUACAACUGCUAUGGUGACUACAGCCAGGAAGGCAGUAACUCUGUUACUAUCAUACUUGAUCUUCACAAAGCCAUUAACAGAGCAGCAUGGUACUGGGCUCCUGCUCAUAGCAAUGGGAAUCACACUGAAGCUCUUGCCCAGUGAUGACAAGCCAAAGAAGAAAGCCUCGAUCUCAUCAUCUCCUGACAUCGGGAAUGGGAAAUCUCCCAGUUGGGAAGAGAUGGCUCGAUCGGACAAUCGUGUGAGAGAGGAAGAAGAGGAAAGAAGGCCAUUAGUCUGAAGAUUAGCAACAUCAGCUGCCAUCAGAGAGUGCACAUUCGGUUCACCAAGAAAAGAAAGCGAGGGGGCUGGGGAGCAAGGGAUACAUAAAAUAACUGGAGAGUAGUACCAAGGAGAAGAAUAUUAUAUAGCCUUUUACUAAUUAUAAUAUUUUUCACCUUUUAGUUAUAUCUAUACAUUUAUCAAAUUAUCCAUCAAGCUGCAAACUGAUAGAUAUGGAAUACACAAAGUGAGUAACAUUCUCCGAC